UUUCUGGCCAGAUCACAGGCAUAAAACAUGAAUUCGGAGGCUGCCUUGUUACUGGAGACCGUGAACUUCGCUGCGGAGAAACACAGAAACCAGCGGCGGAAGGACCCGGAGGAAACGCCGUACAUCAAUCACCCCAUAGGGGUUGCCAGAAUUUUAAGCCAGGAGGCUGGGAUAACAGACAUUGAAGUUCUUCAGGCAGCGUUGCUCCAUGACACAGUGGAGGACACCGACACCAGCUUAGCUGAGCUGGAGGCCACGUUUGGGCCGACGGUGGCGAGGAUCGUGCAGGAGGUGACGGACGACAAGACGCUGCCCAAGCAGGAGAGGAAGAGGCAGCAGGUGGUUCACGCGCCACAUUGCAGCCAUCAGGCCAAGCUGGUCAAACUCUCCGACAAGCUGUACAACCUGAGAGACCUCAACCGCUGCACUCCUGUUGGCUGGACUGCAGAAAGGGUUCAGGAGUACUUCGUAUGGGCGGCGGAGGUGGUGCGUGGACUGCGCGGGACCAGCAUGGUGCUGGAAGAAAGCCUGGGGUAUCUCUUCAAGCAGCGGGGCAUCGAGAUCUGAGGGGUGGCGCUCGGUCUGAUGGCCGACGUCACACGGUUCUCCCGGCGAGAGGCUCCCUGUCUUGGUAUUUCCUUGCCGUUCUGCCACCAAUGAAUACGGCUCCAUUUGUACAUUCAAAGGCACCUCGAUGUUUAAUGUACUGUGACAGCUGUCUAUGCGGCACUUGGCAUGAAGCAUUUAAAAGCUGUUGGUGCGUUUCAGUUACGGGUGAAGGAUGCUUCAGUGCAUUUAUUAGAUAACUGUUUACUUUGUGAGUGGAAAUAGUAUUUUUCAUCAUGAUUUGUUAAUUUGUCAUGGCAGGGAAUUUGUAUUCACUGGACACCACAGAAUAAAAUGCAGAACUCACAUUUGUCAUUUGUAAUAACAAUAAAACAACAAUUAAACAUUCAGGUAAAAGCAGAUAAAA